GGCUUUUACCCAUGUGUUCACCUUUGGCCCAACAUUUCGAGCAGAAAACUCACAGAGUCGCCGGCACCUGGCAGAGUUCUAUAUGGUGGAGGCUGAGCUGUCCUUCACUGAAAGCCUCCAGGACAUCAUGCAGGUUAUGGAAGAUCUUUUCAAGACAGCGACAAACACUGUGCUCUCCAAAUGUCCUCGUGAUGUUGAGCUUUUUCAUAAAUAUGUAGCUCCUGCCCAGAAGGACAGGUUGGAACAAGUACUGAAGAACAAAUUCAUAACAAUUUCCUACAAUGAAGCAGUGGAAAUUUUGAAGCGAGCUUCUCAAACUUUCACUUUCAAGCCAGAGUGGGGCUCUGACCUCCAAACGGAACAUGAAAAGUACCUGGUGAAGCACUGUGGUGAGGUUCCUGUGUUUGUGAUUAACUACCCAUAUGACCUCAAACCUUUCUACAUGCGGGACAAUGAAGAUGAACCACAGCACACAGUUGCAGCUGUUGAUCUCCUUGUACCAGGAAUAGGGGAGUUGUGUGGAGGCAGCUUGAGAGAGGAGCGACUGCCCUUCCUCGAGUCACGCUUACAGAGAUUAGAACUCGCAGAUGCCUACCAAUGGUAUCUAGACCUCCGAAAAUUUGGCUCAGUUCCUCACGGAGGCUUCGGAAUGGGGUUUGAACGCUACCUGCAGUACAUCCUGGGAGUUGACAAUAUCAAAGAUGUUAUUCCUUUCCCCAGGUUUCCACACUCCUGUCUCCUGUAGCUCAGCAGUUGACUCGUGUGGAGCAAACUGCUGGUGUGACUGUAUGUCUGUAACAUACUGGGAUACGACGGAGUCUGUUUUAGUAGGAAAUGGAGAUCAUUUUUGUAUCAGUGAAACUCUUGGUGAAUUUAAUACUGGCUUAUUGAAAAUAAUGUAUGUUCUGGUCAGAUUAUGGAAGCACACUUGCAGUUAAUUUGAUAGCAGUUCAUGUCUUCAGUGUUCCUCAGGAGUAUUAAUAAAUCCCACUUAACUGAAGGGUUAAAAUUCUCGUGAGACUAGUGCAAGCCAUGGAGGUACCAAAAAAGCAUUGUUGGGAGGUAGUGGGGGGUUUUAUGUGAAAUAUUAAUAAGGAGGUGUGACCUAAAAU